AUGGCGACGUCACUGAACCUGUUGAGAAAACCGAAUGGCUCCAUUCCGGCCGUUUUUAAUCACAAGGUGUUCGGAAAUAUACUGAAGUUUAACACGAACAAGCAGAAUAAUUUGGCCGGUAACAAUGUGAGUAACCAGCUGGGAACGCAGACCGUGGGGGAACACCUAGACAAAGGCAACGCCCAGUUUAAGUACUGCCCCUACUUGAAGCCCCUGGACAUCAAGGGAAUUAAGAGGGCCGACCGGAAGUUCGACUACAACAGCAGCUACUCAUUUAUGCUGGCGCAGAAAGAUUUUUCAGCAAAUCCGCAAAACAGGAACUUCCUCACGCACUGCUUGUACAACGGGAUGAAGAUCCCCCUGCCCCCCAGCAGAUACAAGUUGGCACAAUAUGUGGACGUUAGGCUGGACGUGUUUUCCCCCUUUAUAAUUACCUUGGUCCGUACCGGAGAAAAGUUCCGCGCACUAAUCUGUUGCCGCGUUUCGCAUUUUAAG